UAUAGUUAUGAUUUUGUGAAAAUAUUAUUUUUGUGAGUGAUGUGUACCUUUCUUUUUAUCUACUUAGUCUAAACUCUAAACUGAAACAUAACCUCAAAUUUUAUUAAAUUGAAAAAAUAAGCGAUUUAAAAUUUACAUUUUUCAAUCAAGAUAUGGAAUUGAUACGCAGAGGUCAAUCUUUAAUUAACACAUUCUGUCAUGCGUUGGUUUUGAAAAAUGUGCCUGUAGUUGAUAAUUCUUUAAUGCAAGUGAGAAACUAUGCUGCUCGAAGAGGUACACGCAUGAAAGCUGACAAGAAGAAAGUUAAAGUUGAAGUAAAGAAGAUUGGAUUUAUUCCUCACUCUUUGCGAAAAGAAAAAAGAGCAAGUUCAGGGAAGUUGGAAUCGAAGCGCUUAAAGGAAGAGUGGAAGCAUUUAACGACGGACAAUGUUUACAUUGGCAAGUAUCAUCCGUGGAGGAUUUAUAGCUUUGAAGAAGCGGUCCAGUGCCACCGAGAAACGCACCACCCGACUGUCUUCAACCGGCCCAACGCUCCACUACAGGUGUUCAUGGAAUUGGAUAUGAGAACACACAAGCCAACUAAAUUUGUUGAAAAAUUCACAAGAACUGCUUUGGUGCCACAUGGAUUCAAUCAUGGUGUAGAGCGUUCAAUUCUUGUGUUCUGCAAAUCAAAAGAAGAAAGAGAGGCUGCUGAAAAUGCUGGAGCCACACUCGUUGGAGGUGUCGAAAUUAUAAAAGACAUUGAGAAAGGCAGAGUUGUCUUACCGGAUUUCAAUGUGAUACUGGCUCAUACAGAUAUUUUGCCGGAUAUGAUUGGCAUAAGAGGAUUGCUGAAAAAAAGGUUUCCGAACCCCAAAACCGGUACAUUGGGAUCAGAUAUGAAUGAAUUGGUGACUAAAUUCAAAAAUGGAGUGACAUAUUCAUGUUUCCGCGAUGAAAGAGAGGUGGACUACGGUUCACUUGAGAUGAUGAUUGGAACCCUAAACAUGGAAACACAAAAAUUAAGAGACAAUUUCCAAGAACUGAUAAAUGAUGUUAUGACGAUGGCACCUCCAAAUACCACUCAUCCAUUUAUUACACGAGUUGUGUUGAAAUCGCCUCAUUCUACGGAAAGGUUGAAACUGGAUCUCUCUCCUCAUCUAUCUCAAGACGGAGAACUAGCCAGUAGUAGUGACGAAGAAGAAGAUGAUCCGAAAGUCAGAGUCAAAUAUGUUUAAUAGUUUAAUACUGCUUUGUUAAGUACAUUAUUAUAAUAAUGAAAAGCUA